AUGGCAAACUCAAUAAACAAAAAACUUUACACUAAAAUCACCCUACUAUCUCUGUUUUUGCUAUUGUGCCCUCUAGUUGCUAACUCAUACAACCCUAUUUACAAUUUAGCCAUCAAUUGUGGCUCCUCAACAAACACUACUUCUUUAGAUAAUCGAAUUUGGAUUGGAGAUAAUAUUGAUAACAUCAAUCUUUUUUCCUUCAUUGAACCAAAAACCACAAACCCGUCUUUUAAAACAUCACCUAAUUCUCUCUCAAAUACACAAAUUCCAUUCACAACAGCACGUGUCUCUCUCUCAAAUUUCACAUACUCAUUUUCUAACAUUAUCACUAAUUCCCCUGUUUUUAUUCGCCUUCAUUUUUACCCAACAUUGUACCAAAACUUUGAACCAACCAAUGCAGUUUUCUCUGUUAAAGUUAACAACAACAACUUUAGCCUUCUAAAAAACUUCAACCCUUCACUUUGGCUUAAUGAUGCUAAUGAGGAAAAAAUCACCAAAGAAUAUUGCAUACAAAUCAAACAAAAUGAAAAUCUAAACAUAACUUUCAUUCCUAACAACAUAAACACAUCAAAUGUUUAUUAUGCUUUCAUUAACGGAAUCGAAGUUGUGUCUAUGCCUUCUUUUCUCUAUUACACAAACCUUGAUGACACAAACUACCAUUUCAAAUUUAUUGGUUCAGACAACACAGAAUACCAAAUUCGUAACGACAAAGCUUUGGAGAUGGUUUAUAGAGUGAAUGUUGGUGCUAAUCAAGUUCCACCAAGUAAUGAUACAGGUAUGUUUCGUGAUUGGAAAAAUGAUUUUCCUCUUUACUUGGAGAAAGAAUAUCCACUAAGUGUAUCAAGUGAUUUUGGAGAACAUCUAAACUAUUUAAAAAACACUGUUCCAAAUUACACUGCACCAGAAGUUGUAUACUUAACUGCAAGAAGUUAUGGAAUGAAUGUGACAGUGGAUUAUAAUGUGACUUGGAAUUUUGAAGUUGAUUCAAAUUUUACAUAUAUGAAAAUGCUGAUGUGA